GUUUCGUCGGGCUUGCACACUUGGUGGGUUCUCUUCCCUUAUUCACUUUAAGCUUUAUACUCGCCAAUGGGAUCUGCUUUGACAUUUAACGAGAACGACGGUUAUGUCGAUGGCAUCUUGCGAGGUUACCGUGCCGGAAUUCUGACCUCUUCGCAAUACCUCAACUUUACACAGUGCGAAACACUCGAGGACCUUCGUCUGCAACUAGGAGCUACUGAUUAUGGUCAAUUACUGCAGAAUGAACCGUCACCUAUUGCGACCUCGACGAUAUCUGAAAAAUUGACACAACGUCUUGUUGAUGAGUUCCAGUAUAUCCGUGCUACGGCUGUUCAACCUCUUGCAAAGUUCUUGGAUUAUAUUACGUACCAAUACAUGAUUGAUAAUGUUAUCUUGUUGAUCACUGGUACACUCCAUGAACGUGAUACCCAUGAACUUCUGGAACGCUGCCAUCCUCUGGGCGUUUUUGACUCGAUGCCGGCCUUGUGCGUUGCUACCACAGUGGCUGAACUUUAUAACACAGUGCUUGUUGAAACACCUUUAGCGCCCUAUUUUGCCAACUGUCUCAGCGCUCAUGAUUUGGAUGAAAUGAAUAUCGAAAUCAUCCGCAACACAUUAUACAAGGCUUAUUUGGAAGACUUUUAUCAGUUUUGCCAAACCUUAGGCGGACCUACAGCCGAAGUCAUGGGCGAUAUUCUUCGUUUUGAAGCAGAUCGUCGUACAUUGAAUAUCACCAUCAACUCGUUUGGUACCGAGUUACCAAAAGAGGACCGUAAAAAAUUGUUCCCGACGAUUGGACGUUUGUAUCCUGAAGGCAAUGCACGACUUGCUGUCGCCGAUGAAGUAGAGCAAGUCAAAUCAGUCUGCGAUAUUUUCCACGAAUAUCGCGUCUUUUUUGAUACUACAACGAGUAACAAGACCUUGGAGGACAAGUUCUUUGAACAUGAAGUGUUUUUGAACAGAUUAGCUUUCCAGCAACAGUUCAACUAUGGCGUCUUUUACUCUUACAUCAAGUUGAAGGAACAGGAAAUCCGAAACAUUGUGUGGAUUGCCGAAUGUAUCUCCCAGAAUCAAAAGGACAGAAUCAACAGUUAUAUUCCCGUGAUGUAAUCAUCUCACAUUCACCGCAAAGCGUUGGUCGUUGUCUCUUUGAUGUCAAUAAACUCUGAAUACAAUAUCAUCGUAUCAUCUUGGACACCAUCCCGAGCGACAAACAAUAUUAGGAGCCAAUCAGUUCAACGUAGAGAGCAAUCCCCAUUCAUUAUCUAUCGUCCUAUGAUAUUGUCGCUCUAAAUGUCUGCAAUGCUUGAAACUGGC